AAAAAAAAAAAGCAAGAAAGAAAAGCUUUGGGAAAGAAAGAAAGGAGAGAAAGGAAAGAAGAAGAAAUUAUAAUGGCACCCGUUGGAUUGCCUCCUGGAUUUAGAUUUCAUCCUACAGAUGAAGAGCUUGUUAACUAUUAUCUUAAAAGGAAAAUUAAUGGCCAAGAAAUUGAACUUGAUAUCAUUCCAGAGGUUGAUCUCUACAAAUGUGAACCAUGGGAGUUAGCAGAAAAAUCAUUUCUUCCAAGCAGAGACCCAGAAUGGUACUUCUUUGGACCAAGGGACAGAAAAUAUCCAAAUGGGUUCAGAACAAAUAGAGCAACAAAAGCUGGGUAUUGGAAAUCAACAGGAAAAGACAGAAGAGUUAAUUCUCAGAACAGAGCCAUUGGAAUGAAGAAGACAUUAGUGUAUUACAGAGGAAGAGCUCCUCAAGGGAUAAGGACUGAUUGGGUCAUGCAUGAGUAUCGCCUCGACGACAAAGAAUCUGAUGAUACGUCUGCUAUUCAGGUUGACUCUUAUGCAUUGUGUCGUGUGUUUAAGAAGAAUGGGAUAUGCUCAGAAAUGGAAGAACAAGGGCAAUGUAGUGGUCAAGUGUCAUUAAUGGAAAGUUCUUCACAAGUUAUUAUAAAUAAUAAUAAUGAUUGUGAAACAAUGUCUCCAGAAGUUCCAAUUAAUAUUGCUGAUGAAGAAGAUAAAGAUGAUUCAUGGAUGCAGUUCAUCACAGAUGAUCCAUGGUGUUCUUCUGCUUUACAUUCUGAAGAGCUUUCUCAUGUCACUUUCACAGAUUAAAGCUUAUUAUUUAUAUAUAUUGGAGGUGAAUAACAUAUUUUAAUUUGGAUUGUAUUUCCCUUACAAUAAGAUUUGGAAAAAAAGGAAAAAAAAAAAAAAGAAAAAGAAAAAGAAAUCCACAAUGAAAUGUUACUUAGUAAUAGCUAUUUAGAUAAAUUGGGUUUGGUUAUUAUUGGUUGGUUGGUGGAGUCCCUAGAGCCAAUUUAAUUAUCCAAUGGCUUUAUGGAUUUUUUUUUUUUUGGUAUUUGACCUCUGCUCUAUUGAGGUGUUUUGAAAUGUUAUACUUUUGGAAAUAAAUGGGAAUUCUUGUUAAGUAUUCUUGCUA